GGGGAAAAUCAAAAGGUUGAAGUCAUGUUUUCGGCUUUUCAUAGGUGCGAUCAAGGUAUGAGGUGUAUUUGUGGUACACCGAUCUGCUUAACUUGUGCUCGAUUGUGCACAGCAUGUGACAGCCUUGUAUGCCCAGGUUGCAUCCCGCUAAAUAUGCUCCAUUGUAAGCGAUGUUGUCUUGCCUACUUUCAAAAUUAUAGGUACCGACUCUGAUUAUUAAUGCUGUAUUGCAUUGAUGGGUAGGUGAAACUUAACAAGAUUAACAUCUGAAAAUAAACAGAAAAUGCCCUGGUUUAUUAAUUAUCUUACCAUUUGUGAGUAGUCGCGAGCCAGAUAUCACAACUAAUCCUCAACCUACUUCUGAAACAAAAAAUACUAGGUUUUUGUACCUAAUAAAUAUUGUAACUAUUUUGAUAGAUACAUUCAGUUAGUUUUUGUUAGACUCUACGCUCUGUGCUUCGCGGAUUACCACGGCUCUAGGUAUUUUGAUCACUUUGUAUAUUAAAAUUCAUUUCCCAUGUUAGCGAAAAGUGUGAACAGGUGUGUUUUACCUGUUGUUAGGGCUACAAUGUUACGUGCGCCAUGCUGCUUCUCAAUAGCUCCGGUACAAAGGCCUUCUAUAUGUAUCGAAACGACUAUGCCGACAUUUUUAAUCGAUGCAGAUAAACCGCAGUUUCUGGAAUGCGGAACUGGUCAACCGGCGCAAAGAGGACGAAGGAAACCACUUGUAUGGAAGCGCCGGCAUCCUUGGUUUGAUCGUCAGUGGUCCUUAGAUCUGAAACGUGUAAAGAAGGGCCCCGAGACACCGUAUUUUCCAGAAGGAGUUCCCUUCACUCCCAUCCGAACCUUCCAGUCCUUCUCAGGAAGGUCGUGGAAGAUCAACGCGGGGAGACGCCGUAAGAUUCGACUUUCACUUAAAAGAGGACGUAAAAAGCUUUUAUAG